AUGAAGGCUGAGGAGAAACCAAACUCUUCAAAUCAAUCAGUACUCAGUGGAUAUUUGCAGGGCAUAUCAUCAUAUAUACCAUCAAGUAUAAAGACAACUAUAAAGAAACAGAUAUAUACAACGACAUCAACUAUCGAAGGCGAGAAGGAUACAAUCGUCAGUACUCACUUUGAUGAAUGUGAGAUCUUGGGUCAAAAACAUAAACUAUUGAAUGUAUGCUAUACGAAUGGAUUACAGAUAUGGGACUUGGAUAAUCCAGAAGGAGUGAAGGAGAUAUUUUCACUCAAGGAGGGCAUGAUCAGGUUCGCCAAGGUGUUGGCAACGCCCUCUGAGAAGGAAUCACCAUCCUCAAUGUAUUAUGGCAAGCGACCAUUGUUGGCCGUGGUCAGUGGCGAGGACAAUUCAAAGGUCACGAGGAAUAUGGUGCGCAUCUACUCGCUAAAGACCUGCGAGUUCAACCUCUCCUACCUCAAGUUUCAGUCGCCCGUCUACAACAUCGUGUCGAACGACAAGAUCUUUUUGGUGAUUCUCAAGGAGAAGAUCGUUGGAUUCAACCCAAUCACCAUGUCCAAGGUGCUCUCGCUGUCGACUUUCCCCUCGGUGUCGCCGAUGGGCUCGGUGGCGCUAGGUCCCCGCUGGAUCGCCUACACCGAGUACCAGGCCACGCAUUCCCCCUCGUCCACCUCAUCCUAUCUGCAUCUAAAGUCAUACCAGCAGAACAAUCAGACGUUUGGCGAUGCAGCUGUCGAUGUGGCCACCGACUUGGCCAAAGAAAUGGCUCAGAAGAUCUACUACUAUGGAGAUAUUGGUAGAAAGAAGGUGUCAAGCUAUCUCUACCCAGACGACACAUCACCCGUCCUAUCAUCAUCGCCACAAGAACAGAGCAUACUUGACAAUGGCUGUGUGAUCAUCAUCUAUGACUUUAUCAAACAAAGACAAGUAGCUGUGAUCAAACCUCCACAUUCCCAACCAAUCUCCUAUCUCACCUUUGAUCCAAGUGGAACUUUGCUAUUCACCUCAUCGACAGAGGGUACAAAGAUCAAUGUAUAUCAAAUCAUUCCAUUCUCAAACUCCUUGUCGGUCUCGCCUCAGAACCAUUCGCUUGACCCAACUCACUCAUUCAGACACAUCUAUGUGUUGAAGAGAGGUAUCACCAAUGCCUCAAUCCAAGGUAUCUCAAUCAAUGACACAUCAAAGUGGGCAGCCCUAACAACAUCCAGAGGAACUACACAUAUCUAUGCAUUGAAUCCUUUGGGAGGUGAUGUUAACAUUCAUACACAUAUCUCCAAGAACAUAAAGACCAAGCCAAGAGACUACAUGUCCGAGAUACCAAAUGCACAUCCACAACUUCAAACACUGACAGCUAUGGAUAGAAUUAAGCUGGGAAAUAUACCAGCAGAGGAGACAGGUCAGCUCAAGGCACCAUCAAACAUCACAGCUGGUAGCAGUUGCUUCCUUGAAACAUCCUCACAGGAUCUCGAGCGACUCUUUGUUGUGAAUCAGAAUGGUCAACUUGUACUCUAUGAGUUGAAGCCACAGGCGCCAACCUCUCAAGACGUCGAUCCAAACACAUUGUGCGUCCAACUCACUCCCGACUAUGAGUGGGACGUAUGCAGGCGAUCAAGGUCUGGUGAGUACAAGAGCUCAACAAUACCAUAUUCUGAGAAGAAUAGUGGCAACCAAGAAGUACUACAAGAUACCGAGGCUAGAUGGCUAUUCAAUGUAGAGAUCACAACACAUAGCCAAGACAUUAGACCAAUAUGGGGCAACACUCAGUUCUCCUUUAGGAACUCAUCGUCUUACAAACCAUCGCCAGACUCUCUCUCCUUCUUUGAUGAGGACUACCCUAUCGGUGAGGUCAUCAAGAUAGAGAAGAAGAAAUCAAACAUCUCUUCUCCACGUCCUGACUUUGACGAUAACACUGUGGAACUUGUAAAUAUGGUCGAUCAAAGCAAGAAAGAUGAACAAGAGACAGAGACAGAGAUGGAAUUGAUGAAACAAUUGGAUCAGGCAAUCAAGACACCUCUGACUGAAUCACUCUAUCCACAGAUUCCAAGAACAUUUGAGGAGCCACCUUCAUACAACAACUCGUUGAAUAUGUCUCAGCUGCACCAGGCACCAAUCAGCUCGAGUCCAUUUGGUGAUGCAUUUGGCAUUCCCAAGUCGCUCUCUGGCUUCAACGAUGCCUCCUCAUUUGGCCACAGCCCCGACGCUCCAUCCUUUGCCAUGAAGUCAUCGUUCAACUAUGAUGAGCCUCACGGCCUUGCCUCAAACAACAACAACGGUCCUACAAUCAAGGGUGAUCAUUCUUAUGGCAAUGACUAUGGCAGCAACGACAAUGAUCUACUCUCGAUGCCAAAGAUCACCACUACCACAACGACAUCGUCGUCAUCGUCCAUGGCACCAUCGUACAACUCCUCUGCCAACUCUUAUCAGCAACAGAAAUACCCCACCUUGCCAACAACCUAUAAGAAGACUUUGGCAGAUUUGGAUGAGCCACUUCCACCAAUCACUCCAUCUCCAAGCAUCCCAAUUCCCCUUCCUAGGAAGCAGUAUCUCGAUCCAGAGUCGUCUGCAACCUCUCCAACUUCACCGACCUCGACCACAGCCACCUCGCCAACAUCUCCAUCGUCCAAAUCGUCUACCAAAUCAACAAACAACAAGAAAACUACCAAGAAGUAA